AGCUACAGUGUUUUCAAAUGUAUCAGAUUUUCAUCCAAAUCGAAACAUAAAAAUCAAAACCCUAAACCCUAACUUUUUCAAUCAGAAGCAAAGAACAAUGACGCAGAAAUCGAAACUUUUCAAGGGGCAAAGUAAGAAGAAAUCGAUUCCUGCUAAUCGUCAUGGCAAAGUUCCUCAGACUCGCAAGGGGAAGAGAUUCAUAAAGCCAUCUAAGGUUACAAAGGACAUGGAUGCUGAUCGUGAGGUGAGCAAAUUCAUUAACCAUUGCAAUGAGAUUAAAGCAGCGACUGGAGCUACUAAGGAUGGUGGUUAUCUAAGCAUAGUUAAGACGGCACCGGCGUCUGCAAGCGGGGCAGAUAAAUAGUUUGAUAUGCAGGAUACUCGUGAUACCUGAUUAUAUUAUAUCUUAUGAUACACUUGUGUAUUUGUAAAAGCAAUUUUGAUAAUCCCCUCUUUCCUUACCUCACCACCUAGUAUUUUGUAGUGUAUGUAUUGCUUUGAGUUGCUUCUUUUUUCUUCUUUCUAAUGGAUACAUGGGGUUUUCGUUUAGAA